AUGGGUGUCAACGGCCUCUGGACCGUCGUGCAGCCGUGCGCUCGGCCUACCAAUCUUGCCACGCUCAACCGCAAACGGCUCGCCGUCGACGCAUCCAUCUGGAUCUACCAGUUCCUCAAAGCCGUCCGCGACAAGGAAGGGAAUGCGUUGCGCAACUCCCACGUGGUCGGCUUCUUCCGCCGCAUCUGCAAGCUGCUCUGGUUCGGCAUCCAGCCCGUCUUUGUGUUUGACGGUGGCGCACCUGCUCUCAAACGAGCCACCAUACAGAAAAGGCAGAGGAGACGCGAGGGCCGAAGAGAGGACGCCGUCAAGACGGCGGGCAAGCUCCUGGCCGUGCAGAUGCACCGCAUCGCGGUGGAGGAGGAGGAGGAGAAGAAGAAGAAGAAGCGCAACAGAGCGGACGGCGGAGACUUUGCCGCCAGGGAGGCGCUGGCCCAGCACGAGGAGUUGCCGGACGAGAGCAAAAUAGUGUACGCUGAAGAGGUUGGCAUGGAUCCCCGGGAAAAGGUGCAGUCUCGACGCUUUCACAAGCAAGACGCCUACCAUCUUCCGGACCUGGACGGCAGCAUCGCAUCCAUGGCCAAGCCGGACGAUCCGCGAAUCAUGAGCGUCGCGGAACUGGAAGAGUACGCCAGGCAGUUCCACAACGGAGAGGACAUUGACCUGUACGACUUUAGCAAGAUUGACUUUGACGGCGACUUUUUCAAAAGCCUGCCCCCGCCCGACAGGUACAACAUCCUCAACGCUGCCAGGCUCCGGAGUCGACUGAGAAUGGGCCUCAGCAAGGAUCAGCUAGACGACAUGUUUCCGGACCGCAUGGCGUUUUCGAGAUUUCAGAUUGAUCGAGUCCGGGAGAGGAAUCAUCUCACCCAGCGGCUCAUGUACGAAGUCGGAAUGAACGGAACCGACCUGACGCUCGGCGUGAAUGCUCGAGUGGUGGGGGAAAAGGACCGCGAGUACAUCCUGGUCAAGAACGAGGGCGUGGAAGGCGGCUGGGCGCUGGGCGUUGUGAGCAAGGAAAAGGACGUCGGAGAGGCCCACAAGCCGAUUGACGUGGACGCCACCCAGUUUCAGUAUCGGUCAGGGGAAGAACCCGAAGCUGACGAGGAUGACGACGCCGAUUUUGAGGACGUUCCCAUCGAGGGGCUGAACAGGCUUCCCAAACCGCAGGCGGCGAGCUUGCAAGCCGCAAAGGACAUUGCCCGACGCCGACAGCGGUACUACAGCGGUAGAAGCGGUCUUUCUCAAGAGCAGCAGCAACACCGAGAAGAGGAAGAUGAGGAGGAGUCUCUGUUUGUUGGUGGAAGCACCUGCCCCUCCCGUGCAGCCCUCGAGUCGGAUGCGAAACACGGGCUGCACCCAGAAGAAGAGGACGACCUGAACCGAGCCAUCGCCAUGUCGUUGAGGAGCCAGCACGAGCUUGACCACGAUUCCGACAACGACAAGCGUUUGGAAGAUGCGCCCACGAAACGACCCGAAUGGAGGCAGACGGCCGUGGAUGCACCUCGACCCAUCCUCGGCAAGGGAGGACCCACGAUUGCGCACGUGGUGAACAACCGGUCAAACGCCGCUGUUCCUAGACCCGGCACCCGAAAACCAGGGCAGCGCGGCGCGAGCGAAAGCGACAGCGACGAUGACCUGCAGGCCGUACUGGCAAAGUCGAGACUGGCAAAGCGAGCCCAGCCCCAGCCAGCCGUGGAGAAUAGGAAGAACCCCUUUGACGGUCCCCUCCCAUUCCCGAAGCUCGACUGGGGCUCGUCCCUUUCCGCCAAGCGGCCCGCACCGAGGGGCACGUCUGACCCUGGCGCUCCCGGCCAGGAAGACGCCUCGGAGGGUGCAGACGACGACGAGGCCGGCGGGUUCGAAGCAAGCGAGAGGGCCGAGAACAAGGGGCCGGCCCCGCUUCCGCCUUGGCUCGUUGACGGUGCCGACAUCCGAGACUCGCUGAAGAAGCUGCAGGCUACGGAGAAGGAAAUCAAUCUACAAGACAGGAUGGAGGUUGAGGAGGAGGAGAGGCUGAGGCUACGGGAAAUGAGGGAUCAGGUGAUUGAGAUUGACUCGUCGUCGGACGGCGGCAGCGAUGUUGAGGUGCUGGAGGGGCCUUUUCAGCCUGAGCCAGGGAGUGGCUUGAUCGUCGACGGGCGCAGCAAGGAGGAGCAGGUGAGGGUGGCAGGUCAAGACAACAAGCAUGGUACGUCACUGUCGCCGGGAGGCGCUGCGGAGGGGACGGGCGUGACGGUGUCCUCCACGACGCAAGGUCUUGAGGCAUCUAUGGCUGCACGUGUGACUCGGCUCUCUCCGGAGACGGACGCAACUGCACUCGUCGCUCAACCCUCUCCAGGAACAGGGGCGGCGGCAACCAGUUCUCCCAGCGAACCCGAAUCGCCCGAACCGAUAUUUGAAAAUGUGCUGCCCGCAGAGCCCGCUGUGCCCCCGGAAUCAACAAAUCCUGUCGAUUCCCCGGCAACCGGGCACGUACAAAGCCUGCUUGUUCAAGGACCACGGAGCCCGCCGCGUGGUCAGAAGCUGGGAGACGAGGACCCCUUUGCGGAGCUCGAAUACGAAGAGCUCAGCGACCCGGAAGACGAGGAGCUCAUGGCUCAGAUGGCCGAGGAAGCCGAGGAACACGCCCGCUUCGCCAGCGAACUCAACAACAAGUCUGCGCAGCACAACAAAGAGGACUACGAAAGGGAACUGCGGCAGCUCCGCAACCAGCAGAAGAAGGACCGGCGCGAUGCCGACGAGGUUACCCAAGUCAUGGUCACCGAGUGUCAGGCUCUCCUGCGGCUGUUUGGCAUCCCCUACAUCACGGCUCCCAUGGAAGCCGAGGCCCAGUGCGCAGAGCUCGUACGCCUGGGCAUCGCAGACGGCAUCGUGACCGACGACUCGGACACGUUCCUCUUUGGGGGCACGCGCGUCUACAAGAACAUGUUCAGCAGCAGCAAGUUCGUCGAGUGCUACGUCGGCGGCGACCUGGAAAAGGAGCUGUCCCUCUCGCGCGACCAGCUCAUAUCGCUGGCCCAGCUGCUUGGAUCCGACUACACCGAGGGCCUGCCCGGCGUCGGACCCGUCACCGCCGUCGAGAUCCUGUCCGAGUUCCCGGGCCGGACCGGUCUGGACGAUUUCCGCGAGUGGUGGACCUCUGUGCAGUCCCAGACUCGCCCCAGGGAAGCGGACGCCUCGUCCCCGUUCCGCAAAAAGUUCCGCAAGUCGCAGGCCGCCAAGCUCUUCCUGCCGCCGGGGUUCCCCAACCCGGCCGUGUACGACGCGUACCUCCAUCCGGACGUGGACAGGAGCUCGGAGGCGUUUCAGUGGGGGGUGCCCGACCUGGAGGGCUUGAGGCGCUUUCUCAUGGCGACGAUUGGGUGGAGCAGCGAGCGGACGGACGAGGUGCUGCUCCCGGUGAUACGGGACAUGAACAGGAGGGAUGCCGAAGGGACGCAGAGCAACAUCACGAGGUUCUUUGGCGGCGGGGUCGGGGCGGGGGCCCGGGAAGCGUUCGCGCCGAGGGCGAACAAGACCAAGGGGAGCAAGAGGAUGGCGGCGGCGGUGGAGAAGCUGAGGGCCAACGUGGGCGGCGGCUCCAAGCGGAGGCGAAGAGAUGAAUAG